UCUGAGCAGGAAUGUGAAACUACAGUCCAGUCAGUCUGCCGCACUUUUCUGCAGCACACAGGAGUGAAUAAUUUAUCUUUGCCUCGGUUGAAUAUAUUGAUGAGGAGGAAGUGAUUUGUGAAAGGAUUCUGCGGUCACUUUUUGGAUUUACAUUCUGGUCGAACGCAUUUCUUUCUCUUUUCCUCGGCUGAAGAAAAGUUUGCUUUGAGACCCAACACAGCUGGAGUCAGCAGAUGGAAAUAACCUCUCCGUGUACAGGGAGCGCACCGUAUGCCGGAGAACUCCCAACAUGGACCCCGAGUCACUGAGAAGGUGAAGACUGCUAGUGUUAAAUGCUGACCCCAAGGCUUCCCACAACACAGCGACUGCUCAUAAAACUGGUGUUAGUUCAGUGAGUGUGUGAAACAUUUGCAGACUAUUUACCAUGGCAUCUAGUCUGACAUGUACCGGUUUUAUCUGGGCCCUACUGUCCCUGCUGUGUGCUGCUGCCUCCUGCGUUGGCUUCUUCAUGCCCUACUGGCUGCUGGGGACACAGAUGGAAAAGCCUGUGUCCUUUGGCACCUUUCGUCGCUGCUCCUACCCAGUGAGGGAUGAGGAGAGGCAGGCCACGGUGAUGCUGGAGCAGUGUGGGCGCUACGCCUCUUUCAACGGCAUCCCCAGUCUGGAGUGGAGGAUCUGCACGGUGGUGACGGGUGUGGGAUGUGGCCUCCUCCUGCUGGUGGCACUCACAGCUCUCAUGGGCUGCUGCAUCUCAGACCUCAUCUCACGUACAAUUGGCCGCGUGGCCGGCGGCAUCCAGUUUGUUGGAGGUUGGAUAUUUCUUGUCACUGUAUGGCUGACAACAGUGACAAGAACAACAGUGAACAAUCAACAGUGGAGGGAUGACGAAUGAAACAAUCUCAUCACUACAAUAUCUGCUGCUUAUCUACCACCCCACCUUGUUCUCCUGCUGUGUUGUCUACCUCCCUGUGACCUCCCAGAGAGACAGAGCGUCCAGAUAACCAUUGCAACCCAGUCUUGCUCCUGCCUGUGUGCACAUGGUGCGAGAGGAGAGAGAAAGAUGCUAUUCUGCUGCCAGAAAAGCCACUGACUGAGAUUACUCUGAGUAGCGUGCAUGGGAAUAAAUUAGCCUACAAUAUAAUAGACUUUUGUAUAUCUCUCACUUUCCCCCUGACGCUCUGAAAAAGGUAGGCAGCAGUAGUUGAUUGAUAUUGGCAGGGAUAUCUCCCUACCAUACUAAUUUCUACACCCUUGCCUUCACUCGUGUAUUGUUAUAAACCCUUCCUGCACCUGACUGGAUGAACACACCACUCACUUGGCUGUCAUUGGGCUUUCCAUCUAAUUUCUAAAUUAGCUUAAAAUGGAUGUGUUGUCAACACUGCCAACUUACAAAUUAUCCAGCAGAAUUGAGCAGAAAUCAGCCACCGAAUCAUACUUCAUUUUCAUACUUCAGCUAGUGGAAGUAGUUAUUCAGAGAGUUUUGACUCAUGUCAUCAUCUGAACUGCUCCCCGCAGUUCAGUGUUUGGUUUCCCAGCUGUCAGGCUCAGUCCAUUCUCAGUGGAUGUUCUCUGAGUUUACAAGCUGUAUGGUGGAAUAUGGAAUAGGAUUUUGUGGGUUAUUAGCUAUACAAGCAAAUGUUUGCCUCCUAUCA